UAUUCUUGUCUAUGCUAAAAUACUGGUUAACGAUUGGCCAGUAGAUUCUCUACGAAGAUUCGUUCUCGCUCCGAAAACGCCAAAUAAUACGCUUUCAAACCAAAAUGGAGGAUUUGUCGGUCGAGGUGUACGGUGAUAAUGGUGCUUAUUAUAAGGCCAUUGUCACCGACGUGCUCGACAACGAGGUUCUCGUAGCCUUUGAAAAUGACUGGCAGCCGGAAUCAAAGUUCCCGUUCUCGCAAGUGUUCCUACCACCGAAAGACACUGGCAAACACACAGAGUUCGUGGAAAACCAAGAGGUGGAGGUAUACGCGAGAUCCAAUGAGAAGGAAGCAUGUGGGUGGUGGACAGCAAAUAUCAAGAUGAUGAGGGGCGACUUUCUUGUGAUUGAAUAUCUAGAAUGGGACAACUGCUACACGGAGAUAGUGCCAAAGGACCGUCUUAGAGUGAAGACACCCAAGACACCUAUUGACAAGAACACUUUCCACAAGUUCGAAAUACCCGUACCUGAUGAUCUCAAGGACUACGCGAAGGUGGAGAACGCGCACAAGGAGUUCCAGAAGGCGAUCGGCGCCGCGCUGGUGUGGUACGUGGCCGAGCGCGGCGUGCUGGCCGUCGUGUCGCGCUGCGAGACCUCGCACAAGCGGGCCCAGAUGCUGCAGGAGAUGCACUUCAGGAAUCUAACUCAAAAGCUGUUAUUGCUGAAAAAGACUGAAGAGGCAGCUAGACAGUUGGAAUCCACCAAAAUACAUAAUCAGGGCGGCUACACGGACGAGUUCUCCGUGCGCGAGGACCUGAUGGGGCUGGCCAUCGGCACGCACGGCGCCAACAUCCAGCAGGCGCGGAAGGUGGCGGGCGUCACCAACAUCGAGCUGGAGGAGGUCUCCUGCACCUUCAAGAUCUGCGGAGAGUCGGUGGACGCGGUGCGGGCGGCCCGCAGCCUGCUGGAGUACGCGGAGGAGUCCAUCAAGGUGCCGCGGGCGCUGGUGGGCAAGGUCAUCGGCAAGAACGGCAAGGUCAUACAGGAGAUCGUCGACAAGAGCGGCGUCGUGCGCCUGUGGUGCGCGCAGGUGAAGGUGGAGGGCGACAACGAGCCGCAGCCGUCGGCGCCGCGCGAGGAGGGCAUGGUGCCCUUCGUGUUCGUGGGCACGCGCGAGAACAUCGCCAACGCCAAGGUGCUCGUCGAGUACCACGUCGCGCAUCUCAAGGAGGUAGAGCAGCUGCGCGCGGAGAAGCUGGAGAUCGACCAGCAGCUGCGCGUGGUGAUGGGCGGCGGCAGCAUGGCGUACCCGCCGCCGCGAGGACAGCCGCCCUCCCGCGCCCGCCGCACCCGCCCGCCGCACCACCGCUACCCCACCGCGGGCGGACGGCGCAUGACGCCGGAGCUGGGCGAGGACCGCAGCGAGAGCGCCGGCUACCGCGCCCGCGGCGGCCGCGCGCCGCGCACCAACCGCUCCUCCGACCGCGCCGACCGCGCCGAGCGCCCCGAGCGCGCCGACCGCGCGGAGCGGCGGCCCGACGAGCGCCGCGUGCCGCUGGAGAACGGCCGCGCGCACCCCGCCGCGCCGCGCCAGCCGCGCCCGCCCAACCCCAGUGGCAGACGACGUGAGGACAGACGAAGGCAAACUGAUGAUGAAAGCAGCGUGCUGGACAGCCAGGACGUGUCCAGUGCGGACAGAGAGUCGGGCACGUCGGACGAGCACAACGCCGGCCAGCGCAACCCCGCGCCGCGUCGCCGCCGCCGGAGGACAGGAGGCGGGUGGAAGAACGGGCUGAGCGGCGCCGGGGCGGCGGGCGGGCGGGCGAGGCGCGCGGGCGGAGGCGCGCGGGCGGGCGAGGCGCGCGGGCGGGCGGGCGGGCGAGGGCCGCGGCGAGGGGCGCGAGGCCCGGGCGGGCCCGGCCAAGCGCCGCAGCCCGCUGGCCAAGGCGAAGGCCGAGCCGCUGCUGAACGGCACCGCGUAGGCGCUGGGCCGCCGGGCUGACACCCGCUCGGCCCCGCCGCCGCCGGGGCCUAAACUAAACUAGACUUACUCGUAUUAUGCUUUUGUAAGAGAUUCGUGAUUUGUAUUCCUGAUUACUCGAUAUAUGAAAAUUAAAGAUGUGUACGUCGCUCCCCGGACGAUACGCGCCGAUCGCGGCCUUUCGGUACCUUUAUGGGAGAUCGGACAUAGCGCAGUACAUACGUGUUCGUAGCCUGUACUCUGUGGUUAUGUGAUUUCCUAUAAAAUAAACAUUUCUGUACAUAUUUUCAA